CGGAAAUAGCCGGAGCCGAUCGUGUAGAAGGAGCUGACGGUGCAGUACUUUAAAGUUGCUUAAGCGAUUUUUUUCUCCGUAAACAGCGCUGGUUAUAACGCUUGAAUUUAAACACUGAUAUGACCUAUUGUUGCGAUUCCGCGCUGUAAAUCAUUUUAAACACCAACCAUUUACCGGAUGUGCAUGCAGUAUGAAGUUCAGAUGAAAAAACCGCAGUCCCAGGAAGUACAUCACAACAGUGCUAGACCAGCAGGUUCAGCAUCAUGAGAAUAAACGAGGACACGCUGUUGGAAGGAAAGUAUGUGGUAUUGGUGCCUUACAAUUCAGACCAUGUACCCAGGUAUCACCAGUGGAUGGGCUCUCCUGAACUGCAGAAGCUUACUGCUUCAGAGCCACUGACCCUAGAACAGGAGUAUGACAUGCAGAGGAGCUGGAGAGAGGAUGAUGAUAAAUGCACCUUCAUUAUCCUGGACAAGCAGCUUUGGGCUGACCCAGCGGUACAGGAAGAGGAGUGCAUGGUGGGAGAUAUCAAUAUCUUCCUCACUGAUCCCAGUGAUCCCACCCUAGCUGAGUUAGAGAUCAUGAUUGCAGAACCCAACUACAGAGGCAAAGGGAUUGGAAAAGAGGUUAUACGAAUGAUGAUCUGCUAUGGAGUCAUGAAACUUGGAGUCAGAAAAUUUGAAGCCAAGAUCGGGCUUGACAACAAAAUCAGCAUUGCCUUGUUCAAGAAGUUUAAAUUUCAAGAGCAGUCAGUCAGUGAGGUGUUUCAAGAGAUGACACUGGAGCUGACAGUGGAUGAAGAUCUGCAGAAAUGGCUUUUGGGUGACAUGAGCUUCAUGCAGGAGAGGGAGUACCAGAAGAUUCGGGACAGCAGACAGGCAGCAUGCCCACCCUUGACUCAGUGAGCUCCAGCCGUUUUUCCUUAAGCCCGGAAACUUUAUCUAGUUGUCAGUUUUAACAGCCACCGGGGAAAAUGUUUUGUGUUAUUCUGUAUACAUUCACUCAACCAGACACAUCAUUCUGCUAAGAUCAAGGUGGCAAUACCAUGCUGUUUGUCAUUGAGGAGUGGGGUCACUCUGAAAUAUAUUGACUUUAGUCUGUUAAACCAAAUUCUACAUUAUACCCUUCAAGCAGUGGUACAGCCUCACCCCCUAGGGAGAAUGGAGCAGAGAGCAGCCUGUGUCAGCCAUCCAAGCUCAGGCCCUUAACAUGAAGUAGUGGUGAAUGCAAGUUGUGGGAAGGGCAUUUAUUGAUGGGUGUUAUGAACCAUUUUUAAAAGCAUUUGUAUUGCAUGGUUUAACAUAUUUUGUUUAUAGCGAUCUUCCUGGAGCAUUGUGUUAUUCUGUCAGUAAUAUUUGUAUAUAAUGCGUAUAAGCAGUGGUGCCCAAUCAUGUGCCAUGGAGGGCCAAGAGUAUGCAGGUUUUCAUUCCAACCAAUCGCUUUGCCUGCUGGGGGCGGCAGUGUAGUAUAAUCGGUAAGGAGCUGGUCAUGUAACCUAAAGGUCACAGGUUCAAUUCCCAGGUAGGACCCUGCCGUUGUACCCUUCAGCUGGGUACUUAACCUGCAUUGCUUCAGUAUAUAUCUAGCUGUAUAAAUGGAUGCAAUGUAAAAAACUUGUGUAAGCUGCUCUGGAUAAGAAUGUCUGCUAAAUGCCUGUAAUGUAAUUUCACAGAUUAGUUGCCUCUUGUCUGGUUGACAAUGUGUUUAAUUUGUGAAAUCAGCAGGUGAAGUGAUUGGUUGGAAUGAAAACCUGCAUACUCUCAGCCCUCCAUGGCACAUGAUUGGGUACCACUGGUAUAAAGUGUUAGGAUCUUCAAAUGGAGAACUCAAGAACCAUAUGGGCUUCAGCCUAGCACUUUGUCUGAGCUCUGCACUUAAGUCACAAAUUUGUCUGAAAUACUUUUCCCCCAAUAAUAAACAAGUCAUUUUUCAUUUCAAAA